AUGGCAUCCUUCACAGGGCCCUCAUUCUCACCACCACUAGAACACUCACAACAGCACUCACAACAGCAGAAAUAUGUCAACAAUAUGGCAUUUGACUUCAACCCGACACACGACUUUUCUGACCAUUCCAACGGCAUGUACUCAUCAUUGUCCACUCAAGGUCACAUGAUUUUCCCCUUGGGUCCAGAUGACAUGAAUCUCGAUCCGAUGGAUAUCCAAGCAGUCUUUGACCUUGACUUCAGUCUUGAUGAUCUGCAACGUGGCUGCAAUAUGCCCAAUUCGGUCGAUGCAUCUGGAAACGCCAUGUCCGACGCGCUAAGAGAUUACAUCCCACCAUUAUCCGAGCACGACGAUAUGGCUUAUUCCAAUUCACUCCAAGCCUAUUCCGAGCCAUUGUCGAAGACCUCCACCAAUAGCCAUAGCAACAGCGACAGCCGCGGAGGGAGUGGAAGCCCUGCGAUGCCCCAAUCACGAGAUUCUUAUGACUCUGCCAUCUCUAUGGGAGCUACAAAGAGCACUCAGGGCAUGUCAGCCUCUCCUCCGCUUUUCCUCCCCGACAAUAUUUCACUGGCUGAACUGAGAUGCCACUGCCUUCAGCGCCACGUCCAAUUCCUUUCCCAUCUGCAAGAGCUGCUGCAAGGGUUUGAUCAAUUGACCCUCGAUAUGGUUCUGAAUGGAGUGGACCAAGGACUGAAAGUAUGGGACCUUUGUGUCCAAUGCCGAAUGUGUCAACAGGAUCGAAAUCGAGAGGUGCUGUUGUUAUCUGUCACGAGUAUCAGGACCGUUGCUCGAAUUUUGCAGAAAGCUUCACAGCGUAUAUCCAACAAGCAAUCACACCUCGACAACGACGAGCAACGUAUUAGCACCACCAAGUCAUGUGCAGACGGAGAAAGCCACUCAAACAACGCAAGGUUCACAUUCGGCAGCUAUGAAAUCAAGGGCGAAGAAAGUUGGUUAGUGCUCGGCGUGAUACUGACGAGAAUGCUGGCCAAGAUCCAGGGUGUGCUGGUAUCCUUCAAAAAAUCGUUGAAUUCGCCAAACUGUCGUAAAGGCGACGGCCAUGCAGGGGACAAUUCCGCGGACUAUUUGCACAGGCUGUUGGAAGGCUUACAAGCGAACAUACAUGCACUUUCUGCGAGUUUGAUGGGUGGUAUCUGA